AUGACCUUAGGUUUAAAGUGGCUCGCGCGCGGACUAGUUGAGAACAUUUUAAUCAGGAUGGAGUCACCUCAAGUUGCGGACAGUGAUGGUUCUCUAGACAAAGUGGACGACAGUCAUAGCGAAUCUCCUCAUAAAGAACAAGGUAUCUCAGUCUCUGAAGAAGAGGUUAAACAGCUCGAACCCAUAAAUGGACAUGAAGUUGAUACUGGUGAGAAAAGACAACGUAAGAAGGUUCAGAGAUUAUCUGAAACAUGGAAUCGAGCCCAUGAGGCCAAGGAAGAGGAACGGAUCAAAGCAGUACAAGCAGUUUCAGCAGCAUUUGAAGGGGCCACAGGGACGGCACUCGGUGAGAUCCCACUCAUUGAAGCUUCCAUACGAAAAGCAAAACCUGCUAGCCUCAAAUCACUGCAUUUAAUAAUAUAUGGUAGACCUGGCUCUGCAAGCAAAAUACGUAGUAAUCUACGCAAAUUUCGAGGUUUCGGUUUCGAAAUGGGUUCUGAACAGUACGAAAAAAAAUCAACAUAUAUUCAACAACGCCCUGCUUGUGAUCUACGCGAAGUUCUCCGCAUCUUAAACCUAGAAGUUACAGGUACUCGAGAACAGUUGGCCUCUCGCUUACUGGAAUUCCUACUCAAACCAACCGCUAAUUCUGUGAAAUGUAAAGGAAAGAUCGUUAAAAAAUAUAAACAAAAAAAUAAAUCUAAAGAUAUUACCUCUAAAAAAUCGAGAUCAAAACCAUCGAAAAAGAACACUGUCUCAAAUGAACCUAGCAUAGAUAAUUCAAGUCAGCAGGAUAUUGAUGAACCUGAUGAUAUGUCGUCUGAAUCUGAGAACUCAGAGAGUGAUAUAUCAGAUGCAGCUGAAUCAAUCGAAAAGAAACAGCCACCAAAGAAACGUGCUUUAAGUCAACGACAAAAACAAAAACCUGUUAAACCUAGUAUUAAACGAGCUAAAAAACAUGAACUUAGUGAUACAGAAGAUGAAAAUGAUCAUAAACAUAUUCCGACUAAAAUGAAAAAAGAACUUGAUUCUGAUGAAGAAAAUGUUCCUCUGUCUAAUUUAACAUCCACAAAAGUAACUACUCCUCCAACUGAUUCUGAAUUAAAGAAAAAUAUAAUUGAUCUACUUAAAACAGUUAAUUUAGAAGAGACAUCUCUUAAAGUUGUUCGAGAAAAGAUUUUUGCUAAUUAUCCUAAUAUUGACUUAUCUGAUCGCAAGGAUUUCAUUAAUUCCACUGUUAAAGAGUUCUUGGCUCAUUCUUGAUUUGAUUUAUUAUUGGUCGUAGAAGAUGUGAAUUGUGAAUGUACGCCAAUUUUUUGUUAAAUAGUAUUGGAUCACAUAUAUACAUAACGACGAUCAUGAUGUUCAUUCACACACAUCAUUUAUUCUCUAAUAUUAAUACCGGCAGCUGUAUUUUCUAACCGUUGAUCUACACACACACAUUUUGUUUUACCCUUUUGUUCCUAAAUUUUAUAGCCUCCCAUAAGAUACCGUACUGGUGUUAACAUCAUUCUUCCAUACCCAUUUGGAUAUAUAUAUAUAUAUAUAUAUAUAUAUAUAUAUAUAU